UUUCUUCUUCUUUGCAAUUAAAGGAAAAAGGACAAAACUUUAGAAAAGCUUAUGGAGCCGAUCGAAUCAUCUGUGGAUUACAAUGACUUGGAGACCUCUAAACGUAACCUACACGUCAACCAUGGAUGGACCACCGUCGUGUCUCGGAAGAAAAAACGGGCGGAGAAGAAGGUCGCUGCUUCUGCUAAACACCCAUCUGAUCGUUACAGUGGCGACGCCCAGAUAGCGACAAGGGAUGAGAAUCUCAAGACAAAUGAUGAAAAUAAAAAGCCGACAGUGUCUUUUCCCGAAGCUGCCGCAAUGAUCGAUCCUUCUGAUCUUGCGGCUUACCUCGCCGAAAUAUCGAAAUCGUAUUGGUUCGAGCCGGAGGUUCAGCUAUUGAGAUUUAUCGAUUACCUUGGGAGAACACUUUCCGCUGUGCAAUUUCCAUGGGUCAAGAUGUUCACGGAGUCUCCUUUCCCCACGUUGAUUCAUGUGAUCGAUGUUCCAUUAUCUCAAAUUCCUGAUCCUGUCUACAAAACAUCAGUCGAUUGGAUCUCCCGAAGUUCUAUUACGACACUCUGUGGCUUUGUAUUGUGGGCAUUUGGUUAUAUUCUCACUUAUUUGGCAGAUACCAUCAGUGGGGACAAGGAGGCGCAACAUCCUAAGUCCAAAUCUCCGGUAGCAACCUUUGUUGCAUUAGCAAUGGUUUUGCGUAAGAGACCCCAUGCUUUGGCUACUGUUUUGCCCACUCUGAGCAAUAGGCGUAAGUAUCAAGGAGAGGACAAGCUUCCCAUUACUGUUUGGAUGAUGGCUCAGGCCUCCCACGGUGAUUUAUCUGUAGGCUUGUAUUCAUGGGCACGUAACUUGUUACCUCUAGUCGGUAGCAACCCUCAGUCUAGGGAUCUCAUCCUGCAGUUCGUUGAGAAAAUUCUGUCGUAUCCAAAUGCUCGGACUUUACUUGUAAAUGAAGCUUCUGAAGAUGAAUCACAACUGAUUCCACCUUUCUCAUUUGAGAUCUUGCUGCGGCUUGCUUUCCCUGCUUCAUCCGCAAGAGUAAAGGAUACAGAGAGGUUUGAGGCAAUUUAUCCCUUGUUGAAGGAAGUGGCUCUUGCCGGUGAACCAGGAAGCAAAUUAAUGAAACAAGCCACUGAACAAAUAUUCACCUUUUCUUUGAAACUAGCUGGAGAAGGAAACCCUGUUUUAGCCAAGGAAGCUACAGAUAUCGCUUUCUGGUCUGUGACAGAAAAUGUAUAUUGCUGCAAGAUCUGGGAAAAGCUCUACACGGAGAAUGAAGAAGCUAGUGUUGCUCUUCUUAAAAAGCUUGGAGACGAAUGGAAGGAUCAUUCCCUCAAACUAUCAUCAUCACCCAGUGAUACUCUCACUCUCACUCGAACUAUGGAGAGCUUCAUACUUAAGAACGAAAAAGCCAUCACUCCUUCAGUAAUCUUGGGGAGUGACCUAACCUGCGAUGCUUCCUGUGACAAGUCCUGCAAAGUGAUCUCAGGGAAACUCCUUCGUGGAAGUGCCUGCCUCAAAGUUACAGCCAUUACUGCUGUGGUUCUAGCUGCUGGAAUGUAUUAUCCCAACCUGGUGGACUCAUUGGAUCUGCACCUGUACCUCAAUGCAAUCAUCACCGCUUUGAAGAACUAGGGCAGAAAUAUCAUUUUCAUUGCUUUUCUUUUGCUAUGAAUUAGUGAAUAUAUGUCAUUAAUCUUGUUAGUGGGUAUUGUUCAUCCAAUAGAUAUUUAAUGACUCUUACAUAAUCUUUUAUCUUGUAUGGUAGAGGUUUGUGAUACGAACCAAAAAAAAUAUCACUGUCAAGAGGUUUGUGACUUUGACGUU